AUGAAUGCAGGUUACAGUGACGUUGUGUUGCUAGUUCAAUUUUCAAGAAAAAUAGAAAGUAGGACAUUUGUUGAAUACAAUUCUCUAAAAUUAGCUCUAAAUGGAAUUUGCCAACUAUACGAACAAGCAAUAAAAGAAAGUGACCCCACAGUGCAAAGAAUAACAUAUAACAUGAACGAUUUAUUUUUGUAUAUUGACAACAUACAGAAAAUGACCAUUUUAUUAUUUCAUCAACCUACAUGGACAUACAAACCACAUGACAAAAUAUGGAUUAAACAAAAGCUGGUUGAACAUAUAAAAAAUCAAAUAGGCCAAUAA